AAUCGCGCGACCGCUUCCUGCAUCAAGUCAUACCAUCCGCCGCAGCAUUGACGCCGCCGCCGCCGUCGCAUAACCCCACCUUCGUCACGCCGCGUGCAGUGCCACUCUGAGCCAGCGCGAGUCCAAGACAUCAAGAGACGCCGACUGUGCUUCUACACGCUCAACCAUGGCGACCACGGACGAUCCCAACGUCCACAGCCAUCGCGCCAGCUUGCGCAACACCUCUCGUCCUUCAAGCCGUCGUGGUAGUCGCUCUCCCCGCCUCACCAUCGGCUCACCCACUCGUGCUGAGCGCCGCGCCUCUGCUCGCUCUCCCGGCAACGUUGCUAUGGAGCACAGUGUCGAGAACCUGCCACACAACUGGCUUGGUCCCGAUGACGCAGCGUCUCUCUCUGGUGACGAUGACGAGGCAGAGGACGAUGUCAAUCGUCGCGCCGAGUGGACCAAUGACGAAGAUCCACAGGACUUCACGCGACUCUUGUCAUCUUCUGCCCAGCCAGCCUCGCGCUCGCCAUCUCCAACUCUCACAAAUGAGUCAUCACAUUCAGUCACAUCGGUCGCUAGAAAUUCAACCGCAGAUGGUUCAGAUGCAUCUUCUGGCGCUGGAACUCAAGACAACGAGCAGACCAUUGAUGACUUCGCCGAUGUCGCUCGCUUCUACGACCAGUCUACCUCGGGGCCUGACGACGUCUUGUUGGAUGAAAUUGUCCACAACACAACUAUGAAGGAUGAGAAGCCAAAUCAUGUCUUCAUGAUUCCCAGCGACUCCCACAAGUCUUCCGAUGUCGCGAUUGCAACUGCAGUGGCAGCGCAACUCAUCAAAGACGAUGACACCUAUCCACAGCCACAAUGUCUCUAUGCCAUCAAGUGCAAGGCUGUUCAGUACAUCCUUGACUCGCUCGUCACUGUCUCUAUCGAUCUCAAGGACCCAGAAUUCAAGCUCAGCAUCUUGGUUGCACAGCUCCAGGCAGCCGAAAUUCUCUCUGCUGAGGAAGCUGCGACUCUUUUCCAGUCCGAUGUUCUUUCGGAUCUCGAGGUUGCAGCUCUCGUCUCUCUCAUCGAUCCGGAAUCUGAGUGCGAUGUCGUCAUGACAGAGUAUGAGGAGGAUGGCACGCCAACUUCUGCUCGACUCAUUCGCCAACAUCUCAGCACAAAGCCCGCAAAGCUUGUGGUUCUACGUCGCUGCUCCAAUGAUCUUCUCCAGCCUGUCUUCUACAGUCAUGACGCUUCAGAGCGUGAGACGCCCGCUGCUAUCAAGGGUUUCAACGCCAAGCCUCACCAGUUUGAUCUGCAGACCGAUCCGUUGCUCACUCUCAGCUCCACCAUGCCAGCAGAACAUGAUUGCGGCUACGCUUCUGGGUGUAACAAGGAUACAGUCUCGAGCAAUUUCCUGCUCCGUACCGGUCAAUUGCCUCCCACCGCAAAAGAGUCCAAAGUCUACGAUCGUCAGCAAGCCAAGGAAGCACACAUCAGCUCUGAGGCCCAGGUGGUGUCUUUUGAUGGAGUUGACAUUGUCUUGGAGCCGCUGCAGGUCACUGCUCCAGAUUGGGUCGUCUUUCGUGACAAUCUUAACGAGCACGAGCGGGCCAAGUUUGUGCGUCUCUCAGAUCAAAAGGAAGACAAGCACGCAGCAGCAGAGAACACCUUCCAUUCUCCGGCAUAUGCGAUGACUGACCAUGGCAUGCUGCCACAUAUGUCUGAUCCAACGUCACCAGUCGAAGCUGCCAACGUCGCUGGCCUCAGCUUCCGGCUCUCCAAGAUCGGCUACGCGCCAUGUCUCAAGUUUCUCUACACUUUCCGUCGCCAGGGCAAGAAGGGCGGCACAAUCAAUCACGAUGGCGUACUGAUGUUUCCAUUCGGGCGCUUGCAUCAUCGUAAGACCGGUGAACCAACAUCCGCCAUUUCAAAUAUGUCAUCGAAGUGGGUGCCUGACGAGAAGCAUCCGUACCUCGAGCUUCGUUUCACGUCUAGCUAUGCUCUGACACAGAACAUGGAGCCGCACUUGAGCUUCAAGCGAAUUGGAGGUCUGAAGAAGGAUUUCAGCGCCUCGAUGACCCAAGAAGAGAUGAUGUUCUUGGACUUCGUGCGCAAUUGCCGUGAUCCAAAGGGUGGUUCUCACGACCUUGUCUUCCGACUCUACCCGUACGCUCAGGAGAUCCAGAAGCAAUCACAGCUGGGGCGCAAGUGGUAUCAACUACAAGAUCUUCAGACUUACUUCCCUGGAGGCAGUUCUGAGAAUCCCGUGUUCUCCAAGAAUAUGUGGUCUUCUUAUCUGCGAGGCAAGAACAACUCUGAUCCUCAAAUUCAGUUUGGCACGAUGCUGAGUCGACAUGCCAUCGCUUCUAAGAAGCCGCAGAUGCCCUUCGUUCGACAUGUUCCUCCUGUUGUCUUCAAGGACAGUACGGAGUAUGCCGUCAUGCAGGGAUAUGGUCAGACUAUCAACUAUGCUGAGGAAGUGAACCGUACCGCCGCUGUCUCAGUUGAUGAUCAUCUCAUCGGCUUCCACGUCAUCGAUGGCCAGUCAUCAACCGUUAUUGCAUCUGUCAAGUGGUCGCAGCCACCUCAGCUUGGUCUUUCCGACAAGGACAUCGUCACCAUCCCCACCAACACAGCUGCCGUUGCGUUCGUGAAGCUUCCAGGCAAAGCUGACGAUACCAGAAUCGAGAUGCAUGCUCAAGCUGUCCUGUCAGUCGCUGCUGUUUUCAAUGAUGGUUUCUCCACUGCCAAUUUCUUCAAAGUCUCCUUGAAGAUCAAGCCCAAUGCGCAACUGGCGAAGGCUAAGAUGGACAUAAUCUCCAAGGUCUCUGAUCCCACCAAGCCAGACAAUGAAUACAGCAAGCUCUGGUCUGUUGUGAACUAUGAGGGCAAUGAGGAUUGGGACCAAAAAGUCGAUCCCUUCUCCAAGAUCCACAAUGGCGCUGGCAAGCAUGUCUACAAAGACUUCGAGGCGGGUCCACCUGGGAAGAGAUGGCACAAGUCGCAGGUCGAAGCCGUGCGCCAUGCCAAGGAAACUCAUGGUGGGUUCCAGCUCGUCCAGGGUAUCGGCGGCUCAGGUAAGACCACUUUGCUCACGCACAAGGCACUCUGUUUGGUGAAGCACGAGCAGAAUGUCAUCCUCAUGUCGGAGCGCAACGCUGUUUGUAAUGGACAUCUGGAGAAUGUUGUCAACAGCAUCUCGCGAUAUCCCGAACUCAAGGAGUCAGGUUUCAAGCCUCUUCGCGCCUUCGCCCAGCAAGGCUCUCUGACGGAGAUAAUCAACAGAGGCAAGUUCUCAGAGGAAUCUCUCUCUGGUGUCUCUCCUGAAGGCAUGGCGCAACUCUUGCACAUCUUUGCCCAGAAGCGAGCCAAGUCCCGCGCCCGCUUUGCGAUGUACGAGUAUACAAUUGAAGGUCACAUGCUGGCCAAUAUGGACGACGAAGCAAAGAACAGCGCAGAGUACGAGCCAGCUUCAGUUCAGCUCAUUGAGGAUGGUCCAACGCUGAACUCGUACUCCCAGCUGCGGAGAUUCCUUUAUGAGAUUGCACAGCAUCCGCUUGAUUCAGAGGUGGAGAUUUCUGGUGAGAAUUCUGAGCCAGACAUUCCUGAUCAGAAUGCCACUGCUGAGUCGGCUACUGCUGAGAACGCUGAUAAUGCCACCUCCGAGACAUCGACCACGCCGACCACCAUUCCCGCUGAUCAGAAUGUCAAUGCUGAGUCGGUUGCCGCUGCGAACGCCAGCUCUGAGACAGCGACCACCAUUCCUGUCGAUCCGAAUGCCAAUGCCGAGUCGGUUGCCGCCGCGAACACCACCUCUGACACAUCGACCACGACUGUACCUGGCAACGCUGAGAAUGGUCUUAUGGAGCUGGCGCCACCACUGAAGAAGACCCGAUAUUGGACACAAAAGCGUCUGAACGAACUCAAGAAGGUCAUCGGUGUCUGCCGUGCAGAUGUCAUCCGAUCGGCGCCAAUGAUCAUUUCUACGGUGGACAACCUCAUCACCUCAUCCGAGAUCUCUUCAAACUUCGGUGGAGACCCAAGCAAAGUCACCUUCGUUGAGCAUGACGAGGCAACUCAGUCAGAUGAAGCUGGAACUCUUGGUGUUCAUGUCAAACUCCGUGCCGACGUCGUGUCUCAUUGCAUGUAUGGCGAUGUGAGGCAGUUGGGUCUGCUCAAGUUUGCCUCCACAAUCAAGGACAAGAAGUCUUCCAACCUACAAUCACUCGUCAAUGAGUUCCAUGAGACGAUCGACCAAUCACUCUUCGCGCGCUGGCGCACGGCACGCUUCCCCUACUCUGAGCUCACCACCCAGAGCCGCACUCACGAGGUCCUGUUCAGGCCAAUUCAGUACUAUUUCUAUCCCACUGUCGAACUCAAGGGACCCGAGUACAUUCUGACUCCUGACGAGGAGAAGAUGAUGUUUGGCAUCAAUGGCUUCGAUUAUCCCUCACCCAUUCAAUCGCGCUUCAACUGGGCCAUCAUCAAGGGUCAGAUUCGGAGAGACAAUCACGGUACUUCUCGCCUGAACUUUACCAACGUGAUGUACAUCAUCCACAUUCUGGAGAAAUACGUCAUUCCUUGUUAUGGUGACAAGACAUCUCAGAACGUUGCGGUCCAGGCAUGCUACAACCUCCAGAUCAAGGAGCUGACCCGCCUGCUACGCAAGCUGCAGAGAAAGCAUGGCUGGUCAGACGAAUACUUGCCUGAGACGAGCACUACCGACAACUUCAUGGGUCGGGAGAAGCAUAUGGUCAUCGGCGAUGUCAUGAUUCCGCAGUAUCGUCGCGCAGAUUGGGGAUUCGUGAGCGGAGAUAAGCGCGCCUGUGUCUUCUUGACUCGAGCCAAGUCGAUCCACCUGCUGGUUGGUGGCGAUUAUCACCCGGAUGAGAGCAAGCAGGUCUCCAAGCCUCGGAAAGCUGCUCGACUUGAUCCCGACCAACACGAGAUGUCCGACAACGCAUUCAUCUACCUGCACGAUUACCUUUCCCGUGCUAACAGCUGCAUCGACACUGGCUUCACCAUCGAUGAGCUCGACCAUCCAACGUUCGUUUGGACGCCUGAGCAGAUCGAGGCUGCGCAGCGUCUGAUUAAGGAGGCCCCGCACGACUUCCCAGCCUUCUCGAGGUAUUACGGCGAGCACCUUGACGAUCAAAAGAAGCAGAGAAUUCGUGACAUGAUCGACACCAUUGAGCAGGACGCGAAGGAUGAGCGAAGCGAGAGAGCAUGCAGAGAAGGAGAAGAAACUCGCCGCCGCGCCGUCGACCGAUGAGCAGAAUAACUGGGUUUCCGACUCAUUUGGGACUGUUGACAACUCCUGGGAGCCAUCAACGGAUGCGGAGGCUCGGGCCAUU